UGAAGUAACAAAAAAAAAACAUAUUCGAAUAUAUAUUUUAGUAAAAUUUAAAAAGAAAACAAUAUAUUGAUAAAUAUAUAUUUUGAAAAUAAAGAGAAUGGCUUUUGGACUGCCAAUUUGGACGCCAGUGUUCAUAUUCUUCUUGCUCUUUUUGUCCAUAGUGUGGGGUAAGCCUUCUCUGGUAGUGAAUCGCGAGGGACUAUUGGAUAUGUACCGCCGUCAGGUUCAUGAACCAGAUUCUCAUAAAGGAGGAGUGGAAUGUCCACAAAUGGGUUUCAAGCGUAAAAGCUUCGAUCGUUCAUUGAAUCCUUUUGAAGCUUUUCUUGCGUGGCCUCGAAGAACUCAAGAAAUUGACGAAGUGGACAAGGGUGAGCCAUUUCAAGGCAAUUGGUGUCAGCAUGGACAUAUAGCCCAGGAUAAUGGCGAGGAUCUUGAACCCAAGUUGGGAAUGAUGGAAUAUGACGAUUCAGAUCAUAUCAAUCAGAGUCCAGAUCUAGAUACGAUUGAUAAUUUUCAAUCCAUCAAUUCUGGGUUGGUAAAUAAUCCCAUGAUGGAUUAUAAACGAGAAUUUGCCAGCGAUGAGGCCAAUCCCUAUGUGGAGAGCCUUGAACAGCGUUUUGAGCCCUUGCCGAAACCCUAUUCAGAAUAGCCCAUGUUUCUUAUGAAAAUCUUUAAAUUUUUAAGAGUUUAAUCGAUUUUAUCUAUCAAAUAAAGCAUCUUUCUGUUGUACUUCUUAAAGUCAUUUUUUUCUAUUUGCAAUUCUUAAGACCUUUUAUUUUGCUGAUGUAAC